ACGCCUUCCCAACUCAUUUGCCAAAAGAAAAACGAGAAAAACUCGCACUAGAGCUCGCAGAGUGCAGUGGAAGAACCCUAGACAUAGGUUCGAGAGUUUAUUAACAAAGCAGCAAUGAGAUUUGGCUUCGACGUAUCGGAUUCGGAAGAAAAAUCUCAAGGCGGCCCUCAAUCUGUAACGCCGCCAUCAUCAAUUCCAUCUUCAAAAGCUGAAAUCCAAUGGGUUCCACUCCAGAAUCAUCCGCUUUUCUCUUCCACGGCGGAAAAUGUCAGAGACUCCAGUAUGCCAAGGAAUCUCAUGACCUGGGACGGUGCCUCUCGCCUUUACUUUUGGGAUUCUAACAAAAUGUGCCUCCAUAGAAUAUCCAUUCGGUUGGGCGAACCCGACCCUGGUUCAAUUCUCGCCGCAUCCCCCUCCAAGGUAUUGCAAGCAGAUGCUCCUCUCAGUUUUCAUGUUGAUAAGAUUUUCGUGAACAGAAAUGGGUCAGCAUUGCUUCUAGCUGGUUCGGAGGGGUUUUGUGUCAUGUACCUGUAUGGACGUUCUUCAAUGGAAGAAAAUAUUAUAAUUUGUCGGACAGUUUCAAUUGGCUCGGAGAUAUACUUCAACAAGAAUAAUUACAUCCGCACAUUACAGAUUUCUUGGCACCCUUGCAGUGACACUCAUAUUGGAAUCCUUUCCUCUGAUUCAGUUUUCAGAAUUUUUGAUUUGUCGUCAGCUCUCGAACAACCAGAGCAGGAAUAUUAUUUGCAACCUGUAGAACCUGGUAGUUCAUGUAAAGCUGCAUCAAUCUGCCCUGUGGAUUUCUCUUUCGGGGGUGAUCAUUUGUGGGACAGAUUCAGUGUUUUUAUCUUAUUUAGUGAUGGAUCCUUAUACAUCCUCUGCCCCAUUGUUCCCUUUGGAAGCGUACACAAAUGGGAAUCAAUUCUGGAAAUAUACAAUGAUGCCCAUACAUUUGGGAUGAAAUCUUCCAACUCGAAAGCAGUUAGCAAUUCUAAUCUGGCGAUCUCUUGGUUGGAAGCCACAUUUCCUGGAUUAGCUCAUCAAGCAGGAGAAGGUGGAAACUUAUUUGCAAUUAAAGCUCAGCCUUACGUUCUAUUUGAUGCAUCUAUUUCAUUGCAGGGACCUCUUCGUGAUGUAUAUCAUAGUCUUGGAGAAGAUUCUGAAGUUCAGAGAGGAGUUUGUGAAGGGCGGGCAGUCAGUUUUUUGUACAAUUUAGUUAGCAAGGAUUCAAUUCUUGUGACUGCUUGGAGUGGAGGUCAAUUGCGGAUAGAUGCUUUAGCUGAUGAAAUACAGCCGGUUUGGAAAGUCGGUAGUGCACCUCGUGUUUGUGUCAAUUCGUAUGGUCAUAUACUUGGUGUUGCCAUGAUUUGUGAAUCAGUUCCUACUGGUUUCUCCGUUUUGAAGUUUGAUCAGCCCCAGAAUCAUAAGGCCUGGUUGGGGCAUCCACCUCCGCUGUUGAGGCUGGCCAUUGUGGAUUUAGCCUUGCCAAUGAAAAAUGAUCUUCUCAUUUCAAUGAUUGCUGAUCCCAUCAUUGGAGAAAGAAUAUAUUGCCUUCAUAAUGAAGGAAUAGAUUCAAUAGUUUUGCAUUUUCUUCCUUUUACAAGCCAGGCAAGCGGCAAAGAAGAGGCAAUGAAAACUCCUGCUGUGCACGCUGUUCUUAGUACAUGCUCAGGAAAAUCCUCGAGAACAUCUUCUCUUCAUGGUUUCUUGGCUUUAUCCGAUUCAUUUGGGAGUUCAUGGAUCGUGGGAAUUGCUGCUUCUUGGGAAUGUAUUGUGCUACAGAUGGAGACUUGGAAUCUGUUGCUUACUCAUACUACAGAAAAGGAGAUGUCACCUGUCCUCUUUGAAGAGCUAAAAGAGAUAGACACACCCACUAUUAUCAGUAAAGAACUCCUAGCUGGUCCUAAGGCAGUUAUAUUACCACAUUCUGAACCUAAUUUACGCUCUGUGACUGCUGAUUCUAUUGAAGGAAGGGCAACUCUUCAUCAAUAUUUCAAGCUUUUCCAUGAAAAUUACAUGGAAUAUGCUCACAAGGUGUAUUUCGAACUCGAGCAUCAUGCACCUCAUUUGAAGAAAAUCAUUGGCAACCAGCAUUCUCGGUUACGUGAAUCGCAGCAAAAACUUUUGGAAGUUGAGACGAAACAGGAGAAGGUAGAGAGUCGCAUUGAACGAGCAGUUCAGCUUCACAAUUCUUUAGAAGAGCGCUUACAUAAGUUGACAAGUCUAUCAGGACUGCAGAAAAAGCGACUGUCCAAGGCAGAGCGAGACUUCAAGUUAGAACUUGAUAGAUUUACUGGAGUGGAGUUGGAUGCCUUGCAUUCUUCCAUUGAAGCUCUGAAUGCACGGUUGGGAAGACACAUACAUUCUCCACAGAACAAUUUCUCUAAUCAACAGAGACAAAAAUCAAGAAGCAAGGCAAGUCGAGUUCAAGAAGAAGUAUCUCAACUUAAAUCCUCUCUUGCCAAACUGUCACUUCUGAACAGUGAGAACACACAAAAGGUUAAACUUGUUGAAUCAGCACUAAAAAACCGUGAUAUCAGUGACCGAUGAUAUCACAUCAGAGUUUUGCUGCUGCAAUGAAAUAUCAAGAAUGUUAAUCCAAUUUAUGUGCAUUUAGUAUGCGUAGUAGUUGAUCUGGUUUCCAGUUACGAGUCUCUCUGGAAAGUAAUCACUUCCUCAGGCAGUUAAGGUGGACUGUAUAGUAAUGUACAUUACGAAAGAAAAAGGAAGCUAAAAUAUUGUCCAUCAUAUUGUACUAAACGUGCUAGGGAUGUUUAUGGGUAACUUUGAUUGCUCGAGCUGUGUCAUGUACUUCAGAUGGAGUUUCUCUGCUUCAGAAUUCCCUUUUAGUAUUGCAAGGGGAAUUUAAUUUAUGAUUAAUUUCUGCUUGUUAGUUUGU